CUGAACUGUCAACGUCGAGCUCCCGGCUCCCGCUUCACAGUUGACCGGUGGCGGCGAUUCAAGUUGGAGGUUUUGUUGGUACACUUUCUUUGCUUUGUUCGCGAUCUAUUUGAAUUAGCCGCAAUCUGGCAUUCCAAGUAUUUGCCACAUCCAAAAUCGUUUGUUGUCAAUUACCUUGACUAGAUUGCAUAAUCGCACACCUCAAAGGGGACGGUCAUUAGCUCACGGAAUUGGAACACUGGGAACAUGCUUCGAUCCGUCCAAAGAAACGUACCGUUGAUCGCCCGUGGCAUGUCCUCCGGCGCGGAACGGACCGUCAUCUGCGAAGAGGUCGGUAAGAAUGCCGGAUUGAUAACGUUGAACCGCCCGAAGGCACUGAACGCCAUCAACUUGGACAUGGUUCGGCAGAUCUACGGAGCGAUGAAGAACUGGCAGGACAAAAGUCUGGUCAUCGUGAAAGGCGCGGGGGAGAAGUCAUUCUGUGCCGGGGGCGAUGUCCGAGCAGUGGUCGAGAAUGGACCGAUUGACUCGUCGAGGAACUUUUUCCGGGAGGAGUACCGCCUUAAUGCACUGAUUUCGGCCUAUAAACCGGACUACGUGGCAAUCGUGGACGGAAUUACGAUGGGUGGAGGCGUCGGGCUGUCCGUUCACGGAAAGUAUCGAGUGGCAACCGAGCGGACCAUGUUUGCCAUGCCCGAGACGGCCAUCGGUUUGUUCCCGGACGUCGGAGGUGGAUACUUUUUGCCACGAUUGCAAGGCAAGUUAGGCCUCUAUCUGGGAUUGACCGGUUUCAGGUUAAAGGGGAAAGAUGUCACCAAAGCCGGCAUUGCCACCCAUUACGUGGAGAGCAAAGAUCUCGAAGCCCUGGAGAAGGAGCUGAUCGCCACCAGCAAUAGCUCGGAAGUUGCUGAAGUUCUAAACAAGUUCAACGUUAAAGACACCUCCGAUUUCGUUCUGGCCAAGAACAUGGAACAGAUCAACAAGUGCUUCAGCGCACCAACGGUUGAAGCCAUUGUGACCAACCUGGAAAAGGAUAACAGCGAAUGGGCCAGCAGCACGCUGAAAACCCUCUCCAAGAUGUCGCCCACGUCAAUGAAGGUCACGAAGAAACAGCUGGACCUUGGCCUUAACUGUGACCUGCGUAGCUGUCUGAAAAUGGAAUUCCGAAUGGCAGUUCAUAGCGUUAUCAAAAGCGACUUCAAGGAAGGAGUUCGGGCAAUGCUGAUCGACCGCGAUCAAAGCCCCAAGUGGGAUCCGGCUAGGUUGGGCGAUGUAACCGAACAGCAGGUGGAUCGUUUCUUUGGGCCGCUUCCCGAUGGCGAUGAGCUGCUGUUUGACGAUGAGAUGAAAGCGAACCUGUGAGGAGAGGGUUGGUUUGAUGAUGGGAAAACCCGUUCUGGAAGUGCAUUUACUAGAUUAAGGCAAAGCUUUUGUUAACCGUAAUUAUGUUUAGACAAGGGUGAAAGGAAUAAAAUUCCAAAUGUUUCAAUUUUUACAUA